AUGGCAGAGCGAAAUUUCACCACAAUUACUGAAUUUGCUUUGCUGGGAUUCACAGAUAACCAGAAUAUAGAGUUUGUUCUCUUCAUUGUGUUCUUCCUGAUUUAUUUGCUGAUCCUGGUGGGGAACACUGGCAUGUUAACAUUAAUCAGGAUUGACUCCCGGCUUCACACUCCCAUGUAUUUUUUCCUGAGCAACCUGUCAAUCUUAGAUAUUGGUUACUCCAGUGUCAUCGCUCCCAGGACACUGAUAACCUUUGUAACAGAAAGCAAAACAAUUUCAUUCACUGGCUGUGCCCUGCAGUUUUUCUUUUUCUGCAUUGCUGUAUCCUGCGAAUGCUGCCUGUUGGGUGUGAUGGCCUACAACCGCUUCAUCGCUGUCUGCAACCCUCUGCUGUACACUGCUAUCAUGUCUAGAAAAUUCUGUAAUCUGCUCGUGAUUGCUUCAUAUUUAACAGGUUGUGUGAAUGCAGCAGUCCAGACUUCAAUUAUAUUUAAUUUAUCGUUUUGUAGAUCCAACAUCAUCAACCAUUUUUUCUGUGAUGUGCCCCCUAUCCUAAAGCUCUCCUGCUCAGACACAGGAGUCAUAGAUAUUAUUCAUUUCAUCUUCUCUACAACAAUUGUAUCAGUAACUAUCCUGACCAUUCUGAUCUCUUACACAUACAUACUUGUGGCCAUCCUUCGGAUCAAUUCAGCCGAGGGCAGACGUAAAGCCUUCUCCACCUGUGCCUCCCACCUUACCGCUGUCACCAUAUUCUAUGGGACAGGCACUUUCAUGUACUUACAGCCCAGUUCAAAAUAUUCCAUGGAACAGGACAAAAUCAUCUCUGUGUUUUACACCCUUGCAAUCCCUAUGUUGAAUCCACUCAUCUACUGUCUGAGAAACAAGGAGGUAAAAGAAGCUUUCAAAAGGCUUGUAGAGAAAAGGCAAAUAAGAGAUGACAUGAUAGAAGUGAUAGACAUGAUAGACCUGCCAGCUUCACAAGAUGCCAGCAGUGAAUUACAUACUGGAAAAUCAUCUCUGUCUGGUAAUGCCUUAAUGAUGCUGGAUACAUUGCUGGACCUAGAAAAGGUUCAGAAUGAAUGUGGAGAAAUGUGCACCAAGCUGAAAGGAAAUUUCACCACAACUGAGUUCAUUUUGCUGGGAUUCACAGAUAACCAGAGUAUGCAGUUUGUUCUCUUCACAGUAUUCUCACUACUUUACCUGCUGAUCCUGGUGGGGAACAUUGGCAUGGUAACAUUAAUCUGGAUUGACUCCCGGCUUCACACUCCCAUGUAUUUUUUCCUGAGCAACCUGUCAGUCUUAGAUAUUGGUUACUCCAGUGUCAUCGCUCCCAGGACACUGAUGACCUUUGUAGAAGAAAGCAAAAAGAUUUCAUUCACUGGCUGUGCCCUGCAGUUUUUCUUUUUCUGCAUUGCCGUAUCCUGUGAAUGCUGCCUGUUGGGUGCGAUGGCCUAUGACCGUUUCAUCGCUAUCUGCAACCCACUGUUGUAUACAGCUAUCAUGUCCAGAAAGCUUUGUAAUAUGCUCGUGGCUGUUUCAUAUCUAACAGGUUGUGUGAAUGCAGUGGUCCAGACUUCACUUAUAUUUAAUUUGUCCUUCUGUAGGUCCAAUAUCAUCAACCAUUUUUUCUGUGAUGUGCCCCCUAUCCUAAAGCUCUCCUGCUCAGACACAGGAGUCACUGAUAUUAUUCAUUUCACCUUCUCUACAGCAAUUGUAUCAAUAACUAUCCUGGCCAUUCUGGUCUCUUACUCAUACAUCCUUGUGGCCAUCCUUCGGAUCAACUCAGCCGAGGGCAGACGUAAAGCCUUCUCUACCUGUGCCUCCCACCUUACAGCUGUCAUCAUAUUCUAUGGGACAGUCGCUUUCAUGUACUUACGGCCCAGUUCAAAAUAUUCCAUGGAACAGGACAAAAUCAUCUCUGUGUUUUACACCCUUGCAAUCCCUAUGUUGAAUCCACUCAUCUACUGUCUGAGAAACAAGGAGGUAAAAGAAGCUUUCAAAAGGCUGCUUGGGGGAAAGAUUGUCUGUCAGAGACAGUAA